GGGGCCACCAGACCUGAGGGUGAAUCAGUCCAGAUCAGACCCAGACCCAGACCGGCAUGUGCUCAGACCUGGAGUGCGGCAUUUGUUACCUGGUCUUUAAUGCGGGUCUCCGGUGUCCUCGGCGGCUCCGGUGCGGACACAGCUUCUGCGAGAACUGCCUGCAGAUCCUGGCCCGGCCCCAGAACCACAACCAGAACCAUAGGACCGAAACCGAUCCGACCCGGGCCAUCGUGUGCCCCCUGUGCCGAUACACCACCCCCAUCCCCGGAGUAGGGGGCGUCCGAGCCGCGCUGAGGGUGGAUGAGUGCGUCCUGGAGCAGCUGGUGGAGACCCGGGUCCUGUUCCUGGACCCGGAGGGGGACAGCGGGGACGAGCAGGACCAGUGCCAGGACCAGGAUCAGGAAGGGCCGGAUCCUCAGAGCUCAUCCGAGGACGGGGACUCCUCAGCGGUGACCAGUGGAGGCAGGAUCCGGAGGUCCUGGAUCCGCGUCUGGAGGAAGAUCAGCGGCAAGAGCGCACGGAGAGGACGCAUGGACGUGACCAGUGACGACAUGAGGAACUUCGCCCUGAUGGCUGCCUACAUGUUCUGACCCAAAUCCAGCCUCAAACAUCCUGGAUAAUGAGACCUCGUGGACCGCCGACGUCGACGGCCUCGCUGGCGAGACGAGAUGAUCGGCUGGUGUUGCUAUGACGACCACCUAAAGCAGAGGCAAGAUCAUGAAGACCACGACAUGGAUGUCAUGACUGAGAGUGAGAUGGUUAAAGAAGAAGAAGAGAAACUGAACCAGAAACUUAGUCUUGACAUAAAACCUGUUUGAGGCCAAUGCUGCCUUCAGGUGCUGUCGGGAAAAUGAACGUUUCCACUUGUGAAUUCGAAAUUGCAAGUGUGUUGUGUUCAAGUGCUUUUGUUGUCAUAGCGAAAUGACAAAUGGAGGAUUUUGGACGUGUUAAUUCAGCUGCUACAGCACUUAUUUAUUUUUUUGCACAUGGUGUAUGCUAUAAAUGUACAAAAUCAUCAGCUAACAGCAGCAGAACGUUAAUAAAAGCAAUUUUUAUCAUUCACGACUAAACCUUCAUUUCCCUCUGAAGGUUACUUUCAUCUUUGCAGCUUGGGAAGAAAAAGAAAAAGUGGAAAAUUCAACAUGAGGGGCAUUCAUGUCCAAUUUUCCCGUUUGUAACUAGAAUUUACCAUUAUUCUCAUAUCACCUGAAGGCAGCAUAUGACCUGAAUUCAGAAUGAGAAUCAGCUGCAGUUUUUAACUCACCUUGUAGCACCGUGAUUAUUGAAACUGCUGAAAACAUGUGUAACUUAUGAAUGUGACUUAUUUAAAACUGUGAAUGCACUAAUAUAUAGCAUAUUUAUAGUUGAAUGUAUAUUUAUUCCAGAAAUGUUGUUAUAUUUUUUAUGAAUAAAUAAAUGACUUGUUUAAAUGA